AUGGAAGAAGUGGAACACAUCGCCGAGGUUUCUCAGGCGGAGCGAUAUGUCGCCACACUUUUCUUGCAGUGCCGAGAGAUCGCGAACUUUUUUGAGGCGCCCGAGGCUGACAAAGUGCAGCGCCCCGUGCCGAUACCGCCGCCCACGCCGCCUCCUGUGCAACCGAAGCACAAUGAGGAGGAUGAUGAAUUUUUGGGCGGUGCACCCCGGUCGCACGAGUUGAUGCGGGUAUCAACACGGUGGUGCGGUACGCAGAAGUUAGUGCAAGCUGGCUUUGCGGGCAGUUCCUUCCGAGCGCUCUACAUAAGGCGCUGCAAGCUGGACGCAGCAACAGCAAGCGUAGAGGAGAUUGAGGACAUUGAGGUGCCGUGUCCCAUCAACCAGUUUGCUCUUCUUAUUGAAAUCCGGCUCGAGAAUCAGGAGGUUCUCUCCCACGUCGUGGAGAUGAACGUAGAUACCGAGGAACCUGAAACAUUGAAAGCAGAUCUGGGGCGGGUUGCCAGCCUACUUCCUGUAAGUGAAAACGAAGCUAUGGAGCUGUCACUCUCGGCGACGCUUAUCCGCAAGUCUGACGGCGCUUUCAAGACGGUGGGAAAAGAAUACAUCGACAAUCCUUCGACACUUCUGCAGCACCUUUAUUACCUUGUCGAUCUCUUCGUGUCCUUGACCGACCGGGACGACUCUGUCGCAUCGCUCGACACCCUGCACAUAGAGCUCUUGGACACGAUUAUGCCUUUUCCCAUCAAGAACGUGAUCACGUGCUGGGCAGAACUGGGCAAGAGCAGCAGCGAUCACCCUUUCGACACAGCGACGGUCAGAAUGCUGCUGUGCCUUGUGGCUUUGGGCGGUGCGGCCUGUCAGCAGGACCGCUUGCUGCAAGCACAAGAGCAAGAUGUGCAGAGGUUCAUGCCGUCGGUCUUCCAUGUGGCAAGAACCAUUUCUCUGACACAAGACUUCAAAACGAAGUAUUCGGCCACCCUGCAAGAGCUCUUGGAGUACAUCUGCACCUUGCCACAAAGCCAGUGGUCUUUGUCAGAGACUGAUGCCACCGAAGCUGCUGUAAAGGCGAGCAAGAUGAAGUUUUCCCGGUCCCACAGAAGCUCCCCGGAGUCUCCCCAGAGCUGCCAAUAUGGCUUAAAGGAUCGAAUGUUGGCGCCCUUAUCCCUGGAAGGGCUGAGUGUGAGCGGGGAUUCUGAGUGCGAGCGGAAGUGUGAGCGGGAGUGUGAGAUGGAGUGUGAGUGGGAGUGUGAGAGGCGCUUGGAAGUUUCGAGUUUCGUGGGCGGGUUUUCCAAACAUCCGCUCGGGAUGGCCAUGUGGUUGCUUCGCAGCAUUUCGGGCGAGGAGAGCGGGACAUCGGCCGCCGGGGCGCUUGAGGGCGCCCAGCAUUUCUCACUCAGCGACGAGGUCCAAGAUGACGGCCAGGAGCUUGAGGCGGAGUACGACUUCGAGGCGUUCAACAAGAAGACGCCUGCCGAGGUCUCUGACUCAGCGGUGCAGGAGUCCCGCGAUGCCGUAUCUCAGUCUACAGCGCCCCCUGCUGCGGAAGGGGAGUCUCUCAGGCUGGCGCGAUGCCUCCAGGCCCUGCGGCAGCUCGAGGGAGGGCUCAAAGAAGCAAAUGAAUGUGCAGCUGCUGCAAAAACAGCAGACUUCGCAGACUUCAGCAGGCUUCACCAAGUACUCCAGCAGCAGCACGAACUGGUAACCUGCACCCUUCGGGAGGUCACCCCCGAGGACAGCAAUGAACAACCUUUGGAGAAGCGCAUGGCCCAACUGGAGGCUCUGGCUACCGACUAUCCCGUCCUAGAGGCCAGUUCGGGAACGCGGACCUGGGAGCCCAAAGCAGACGAGGCCAUGUCGACUGUCGCAAUGGCCCGCCAGCUGAGGCCUACGAACUGCGAUUACCAGGGCAAUCAGAGCUUGUGCGAAUCAUCUACCACCAGGCGGGCUGAUCGCUCGCAUGGUAGCGGAGCGGGUGCAUUGAGGCGCCGGUUCCAGAAGAACGAUCCAGGGCAAGUACGAGACUCCACGCUGCGGGGCCGCAUGGAGACGACGAGCAAUCAGACCCGCACCAAAGACGGGGUGCCGAUAUGGUCUGGAGACACAGCCACUUUUGUGGCCUAUGAGGAGCAAUGUCUUCUAUGGGAACAAGGCAUUGCACCUCACAAGCGGGGAACAUGUGCUCCUCGCCUGAUCAGUGAGCUCCAGGGAGCCGCGAGGCGGCUUGUGAUGGGUAAGCCCCCGGAAUGGGUGAGCUAUCCUGGUGGGGUUCGCAAGCUCAUGAACCACUUACGGCAAGCUCUAGGCAAGCCACAGCUGGCAGAGUUGGGGGAGUUUUUGAGCAAGUACUUCAAAGGGACCCGACGCCGGGCCCAGGAGACCAUCAACGAAUAUGUGACCCGGAAGUCAGAAGCAUACAUGAGGGCAUGUCAGGCCUUACAACGGGUCACUCCUACCUCGAAGCCAGCUUCCAGCAAUCAACAGCAGAGCUCCUGGCGACAGCCGUACUGGGAAACCAGUCAAAGUCGCCGGAGCAGUGUGGAUGCCUCAGAGAUGGGUUCUCAGGCCGACCAAGAAGACGAUGAAGCAGAGACCACCGCAGCAUCCACGGGGCGCGCCCGUAACUCGAGCUCUGGUUGGGACAACUGGGGUUCGGACUAUAGCUAUGGCGGAUGGUCCUCAUGGUGGGGAUCUUCUUGGAACUGGGAUAACCAGUACUACGGGAACCAGAGUUGGCCGUCACAGUGGAACCAGCAGGACUGGUACGCAAGGACAGAGGCGGUAGACACCGCCCCGGCAAUCCUACCCGACUUCGUGCAGGGGUGGCUGUUACUUCAGGAUGCGGGCCUAAGUUUGGCAGAGCGCAAUUUGGUGCAGACGGCACUGGCAGGGGAUUUUGCGUUCGACAAAGUGGCCCAGGAACUCCGUAAUCAGCUUCCUGAAACCGAGAUCCGCAAGCAUGAUCAGCACCAUAGGGCCAGCAGCUUCAUUGGAGAGGACAUCUCUGAUGGGGACGAUGGCGCUCUCUCGGACGGAGAUCGGGAUAGCUGGACCGAGGAGGGUCUGGCAGCAUGGGAUGAGGCGGAGAAGGAGGCGCAGACGGCGCUCGUGGCCGCCGCCCAUGCCAAGAGAACCUUGCGAGAAGCGAGGAUGAAGCAGCUCCAAGUCAAGCAGUCGAGAAAGUAUUUCAAGGUACCUUCCUCUGGGGGCAGAGGGAGUACUGGAUAUGUGCCCGACGACAGUCGAAUGACAUGCCUCGCCUGCGGGAAAGUGGGCCAUAGGGCAGCUCACUGCCCCAACCCGCCCAAGCCAGCAGGCACACAGGCAGCAAACAGUGCAGAAGAGGAAGCUCCUUUUGUCUGUUUCAGCACUGCGCCUGAGGAGGAACAUGGAUGCAACUACUAUUCGGACGAGAUCGAACCUCAGGCGGCUUGGUCAGUGGCAACGCCUAUGACCACACAUGACGCGGUGAAGGCCGGCUAUGCAGUGAUAGACGGAGGGGCCACGAAAACACUAGGGAGUGUGACUGCUUUGGAAAACAUCCUCGCGAUCAACCACCGGAAAUGGGGCAAGAACCAGCUGAAGGAGGUGGACAGGGGCAAUCGGCCCCUGUUUGGAUUCGGCAAUUCCACGGAGAAUCGCUGCCUCUCGACCAUCAAGCUGGGAGUUCAGGCUGGGAAUCAUGAAGGUGAGCUGAGCGUGCACGCUCUAGGGCAAGGCACAGGGCCAGUGCUGUUCUCAAUCGACACAUUGCGACGGCUCAAAGCCGUCAUAGAUUUUGACAACGAUUUGGCAGUCUUUAGGGCCCUUGAUGAGAAUCGAAUCCUCAAGCUUGCCCGGUCCCAGACCGGACAUCAGCUCCUGCCUCUGACAGAGAACUGGUGGAGUAGCAGUUUCACAGCCCGGGAGAAAAUUCCAGGCUUAGAUGCGUAUCUGCCCAAGGAGUAG